AUGUCAUUCGUCAAUCUCCUUGGUCGUGUUCUCACUCCCACAUAUUCAGACCUCUAUCUGGUUCAAACUGAAAUCAUGGAUGAGGCCAUUCAACGCGGGGGACAUUUUGAAAACAUAGUGGGCUCGCUCUUGAGUGAUCCUUUGCCAGUCAAAGAUUUGUUUGUGUUUUCUGGAGUUUUCAAAAACCAGCACCAUGGUCUGUGGGAAUUUCAACUAUCGUCUAAGGUUUACUCUUCCGGGAGACACCCACCCCCAUCGAAACUGUCCUCGGAGGAUACAGCUACAUCUUCUGCCGAAUCAAAAAAGGAAGACGAUGAAGAAGAUGAAAAUGUCCUUAUUUGCCCGAGAUGCUACAACUUCCAAGUUUCGGAGAACAAGGAACUGCCUCGCGUUCUCAAAGGGAAGAAAAUUCGCUCAGGCUACAUUCUGUUUUCCAUUUCUUUACUGAUCAUUGUCACAACGCCUCUUCUGGUCAUUGGCGUGAUGUCCCGUUUCGAGCCUGGUGGAAGCACAAUAGCUCAGAGAGUUUGGAUCUUGGGCUGGCUUUUGGUGGGAAUGGCGGCAAUCAACAAUCCCUUUUGCGUUGAUUUGAUUUUCAUUGGAAUCGAUAACGUUAAAUCCCGUCUGAUUCAUAGACGAUAUCUGAAAGCUCGCGAGUCAGGCCCUAGCCACCGAGAAAGAAGACACUACCGGCAGGGAAUCAAGAUCUACCUCAGCUUGGUAAUGUGGAUCUGCGUAUAUCUUGGGCUUCUGGCCACACCAGCUAUUGGCCGGUUUGUUGUGGUUGGCCAAAUGCUCCGUGAAUAUGGUUCGUGUAUCAGCCUUGAAUGA